UCAAUCCGUCGACACAGGUUCACCGUAAUAUAGCCUACCAAUGAUGUACGAGAGAGAGAAGUGUAAUACUGUAGUUGAAAACUGUGGGUUUUAGUUCGGUGGAUGUGUGCGCGCUGCAGGCACAGAUCUGCACAUCCCUGCGGACGCAAUGAAUGCCAUCAGCGCGCUCUCGGUCUUUAACAGUAGCGUCGUAAAAUCUUAUGCCAAGCUGUGUGCAGAUUUAUGGAUCAUGCAAGACGUUUGAAGAAAGUGUCAGCAGUCUUCUCUCUGGGAAUGAUUCACAGAUCUGCGACUUCAUGUUAGUGAGAAGACGCCGUUGAUAACCAAAAAGCUGUUAUCUUUUGGCGAUCGGGAGUCCCAUGGUUCAGAAUUUAGAGAUACAUCAUGGCAGGGUUGACAGGAAAUGAAAGAAUCCACACAUUGCCCUGUGGGAUCCAGAGGCCGGGUCUACAUCCUGAGCAGCAGACAGGAGACACGGACAAAAGGGGCAUCGUGAUCCAGCUGACCGGCACAGAGGGUGAAUGGGACAGUCUUGACGACAACGACCUCAUAUUCACCUUAGACUGCGAUGGCCAAAAGUCACUCAGCCCCCUCCCAAAGAAAAGGCCAUGUUCGGUUGACGUUCAGGCUGAAGAGGAAUGGGACCUAAACUCGCCUGCGUUCACCGUUCCUCUCUCCCCCUCUUCGCCGGGCUCCCUUGGCUCUGGCUUCCUAACACCUACCCACCGGCCCUUGGCGAGCCUAGUGAAGUCUUUAUCUACGGAGUUGGAACUAAAGGAGUCCUCUCUAAAACCCAAGCCACUUCUCAGUCUCGUCAAGUCAAUUUCCACAGAGCUUUCCCACAGCGAGCCGGAGGUGUCUCAAUCCAAGUCUGAUUCCAAGCUCAAUCUGCACCUGUUGACGCAAUUCACCCAAUCUAAGAACCGCAACGGUGACUCCCGCACCGCCCCUCCAUCUCCGGUCAACCUGUCCCCUACUGAGCCCAAAGCCAGCUUCUUCAGAAUGGAGCUCGAGGACACUCGACGCAAGUUCUCCGAGGCCAUGCAAGAACCUCUGAGCAUGUUCAGUAAGAUCAUGCGUGAGGACAGUGUUGGCAGCCCCAAGCACCAAAGGAGCACCGGGUCAAUGGAAUCUCCGAGCUACAAAGGAUUCGGAAUUGGGAAAUCGCUCACAGACUUGACCCUAGGCGAAUCGCCGAAGAAAGUAAGGAAGGCAGAUUGCGAGAUACUACCGCAGUGCAUCUGGCCUGUGAAACACCGCAAACAUUGUGUUCAUAAAUCUUGCCUUGCCCAUGAUGACCACAAUAGACAGGACGACGUUGCGCGUAUCAUGAUGGAGUCCAACACACAUGGCACCAUGAUCCAAAACACAAAUACGAAUAGAACCGAUCAGCAAGGUUUGCCAGAAGAUGUUGCAGAGCAAUGUUCAACUCCAAAGGGUCUCAUCUAUGUCGCAUUGCUAUCGUACUGCUACUUUAUCUUACCUAUGUCUUCUUAUUGUUCUGGGCUAUUUUUCGGGUUAGCGUUUGGAUUAAUGUUGGGUCUUUUGCUCAUCCGAUGUGGCUCCACCAGACACCCAUCCACCAAGCAAAAAAGACAAAAUUUCAUCCCUUAUAACAGCAUUCUCUUUGAGCCCCUACAAAGCAAAGCUCCUUGCGUCAAGGGCUGGAUGAAUGAAAUGUACGCAUACGAUGUAGAAACCUACCACCCAUCCCUUAUGCACUCUGUGUAUGCCACAUUGGAAGGACCCUAUUUGCGGCUUGACUACCCCCAUAACAACAUUCCCCGCUGGGCUGCCUUUGAUGAGCCCUGCUAUGAGACGAAUUUCACCCGCUAUGGGAUAUUUACACUCACUGGCAGCAAGGUAUUUAUUUUGCCAUUGGCUUUGGCUCGGAAAAGAGUGUGGAACAGGAAGUAUCCCAUCUGCAUACGUUUGGCUGAAGGAGAAAGAGCUGUGGAGGAGGAGACGGUUGACGGACAGGGGGAGAAGCAGAAAACAGAGAAACUCAUUGGCCAUCCUAUUACAAUAUUCCUUUUUGGAAGAACAGGGCGGGAAAAAGAGGAGUGGUUUCAUCAAUUACUUUCUGCGUCCGGCUGCAAUGAAGAGGACCAUUUUGAAUCCGUAUUUGAUAAAUCUGUGUUGCACGUGGAAUGCCCGUCGGGUCUGUCACAUGGUGAUGAAUGUAGGGAGAACAUUGAGGAUGUAUUCCACAGUGACCCGGUUGGCAAAAUAAAGGAGAACAUUUUACCAGACUAUACUUCUUACAUGACCGGUCUCAUCUUCUCAGGAUAUGACAGUCCUCUGACAAGCCCUUGCCAUAGCAGCACCCAGAGUAGUCCUGCUGAUAAAGAGCAGCACAACUUUUGCUGCCAUGAGGAUGAAACAAAGCCUGUCUGGUUGAAUGCUCUGAUUGGCCGAAUCUUUUGGGACUUCCUACAUGAGAAGUACUGGGCCGAUCAAGUCGCAACCAAGAUACAGAGAAAGCUGAGCAAAAUCCGGCUGCCUUACUUCAUGGAUGAGCUGACCCUCACUGAACUGGCCAUGGGCUCCAGCAUGCCCCAGAUAACAGGCACGUCUCCGCCACAGGUCAACAGCAGAGGUCUUUGGUUACAUUUGGAAGUGGAGUACACAGGGGCUCUGCAAAUGAUUCUGGAGACCAAGAUUAACCUCUCCAGACUUGGAAAGGAGGGAGUACUGGAAGCAGACACAGAGUUGGAGACCAUCAAUGAUUUGUCUAGAAUCUCAGUGCUGGCUGACAGUGAUGAAGAAUCUUCAAGUGCAGGAUCCUCUGAUGAAGAUGACACUGCUGACACUCAUGGAUCUCUGGCAGAGAAGACUCUGUCUGCUGCGGAGGGAGCCGCAGCAGGUGGCAGCACUAGUAGGCGGAUUUUGCGAUUUGUUGACAAGGUUGCUAAAUCAAAGUGCUUUCAGAAGGCCACAGAAAAUGAAUACAUCAAAAAGAAGUUUGAAGAAAUGUCCAACACCCCUCUGCUGCUUGCGGUGGAAGUUCAGGAGCUCUCUGGAACACUUGCUGUGAACAUUCCUCCUCCCCCCACUGACAGAAUAUGGUACAGUUUCUGCUUCCCUCCGAAGCUUGAUCUAAGAGUCAGACCCAAAUUGGGAGAACGAGAAGUGACUUUCUGUCAUGUGACUGAAUGGAUUGAAAAGAAGCUACAGGAUGAGUUUCAGAAAGUUUUUGUUUUGCCCAACAUGGAUGAUAUUUACUUGCCACUGAUGCAUUCUGGGAUGGAAAAUGUACACCCUGCACAGGUUUCCCGUCAUUCAUCUGUUGCCUCCACUGAAAGAUGUGAUACGGAACAGACUUCAGAAUUACAGUAGUGCCUCCUUGUGGACAGACAUAAAAAUACACUAGUUCCAUAAACUCAAAUCUGAUGUCAUUCAGAUUUAAUUUUAUUGAAACAUUACAGCACAGAUCAAACGAUCAGUGGCUUUCAAAUAUACAUAAGCAAAUAUACAUAAGCAUGCUGUGGUUUAUUGUGAAUAUAGUCAUAAUAUUGUUUUUAAAAGGCACAAUUUUGGGUGCUUAAUGGUUUUCAUGAAAUGUUUACCAGAAAUAUUACUGAUGUAAAUAAUUUUUCUUUCAAGGAAAAUAAAUAAAUGCAAUACUUCUAUUAGAAGAUAUGGUCAUUGAUAUGUAAAAAAGUAACAAAUACAAAUUGUAGCUCAGUGAAAUUGUGAAUCAUGAAUAAACCACAGCUGUUGACCAGUUGGCAUCAAGGACUGGAACUAUCCAUUUUAUAAUCUACACAAAAAUGAGUUAAUUAGACAUCUAAUACAAUGAUUACAAAGCACAAAGGGCCAUUUGUCGGUUUUACAGUCACUUUCGUGCCAGUUUAUAGAUGUUGUUGCCAUAUUGGCUUGCUUUGUCAGUAAACCAUUUUAUUGCUGCAUUGUAUUUACACCGUGGCAUGACAGCUGUUGUUUUAGGCAUUAUUUGUCAUAAACCUGUUAAAGUACUAGAUAAUUGCUUAAAUAAAAUACAUUUUGUAAAACUGUCAAAUUAAAUACCGCUCAUUAAAAAAGGCAUCAUUUUGACAAACAUCAAAGACAAAAGAAAAAAUAUUUGUUUCACUUCAAAAUUGUUAUUUCCAACCACAUGCAAGCAUUUAAAUGUGAAAAUUUGUUUUGUUUACGGUUUACGCAUUAGAAAUACUCUAAAAAUAAUAUUCUUUUUUGUUAAUCAUGUUCUAUUUUCUAGAAACUUGUAAAAUUUGUAAUAUUGAUGUGUAAUACAAACUAUGCUGUCUUUUAGAUACAUAAAAAACAGGACAAAGACUCUGCUUCUCUGUUUUAGCAAACAUUUAAU